AUGGAUAUCGUCAACAGGUCCUUCGCCAGUGUACUCCCAGAGGGUAGAUCACUGCCCACCGGGGGCAUUGACUCCUCCACCUUCCAAUUCUCAUCUUCCAUUGCAACUGCCAUCCUCUGUGGCCUCACACUCUGGUACUGGUGGGCAAUCACCAAGGCAAAGGCCUCCCGGGACUUCAUCGACGGCAAUUACAACUUCGAUGCCCCCAUCAUCGGUCCCAAAAAUGCUGUCCUGGGCCGUCUAGCCUUCUUCCGCAAUGGCCCAAAGUACAUCGCCGAGGGCUAUGCCAAGUACAAAGACACCUUCUUCAAGGUAUCGGGCAAUGAUCUGCUGAUCGUCCCCAACAAGUACCUCCAGGAGCUGGCCUCCAUGCCCCCUGAGAAGCUCUCUCUCAACACCGCCAUCGUGGACGCCUUCCAGCGCCUCCACUCCAUCACCAAUGUCAUCACCGACCACAGUCUCCAAACUCGCAUGCUCAAUGCUCGUCUCACCCCCAGACUGGGUCUCCAAGUGCCGGCAGUCCAGGAGCAGUUCAAGAAGUACCUUCCCGUCGAACUCCCUGCGAAUUCCACCACAGAAUGGACCAGCAUCAACGCCCUUCACUUGGCCAGGAGAAUGGUCCACCGCGGAGUAGCCACCCAGUUCGUCGACGAGCUCAAGGAGAACGAAGAGUAUAUCCAGACCGCCAUCAACUACUCGGAACACGGUUUCAAGCACAAUUUUGCCCUCCGUCUCUUCCCCGACUUUUUCAAGCCGAUUGCCGCCCAGUUCUCUCCAACUUCAUGGGGUGUUGACGCCGCACUCCGCAAGGCCAGAAAGAUGCUCAUCCCCCUCAUCCAGAAGCGUCGCGUCCUCGAAAAGGAUCCUGACUAUAAGAAGCCAGAGGACUUCUUGCAGUACCUCAUGGACGGCGGCAUUGCCGAAGGCGAUAGCGACGAGAUCACCGUCCAGAGAUUGAUGGUGACGUAUCUCGGUUCCGGCCCGUCCACCAUCAUUGCCGUGGCCCAGCUCCUGUUUGAUCUCUGCGUGCACAGCGAGUACGUCGAGGUGCUGAGGGAGGAGAUUAUCCAAGUCUUGACUGAACACAACGGGUUUACUCACACCGCCCUGGCCGAGAUGAAGAAGCUGGACAGCUUUAUGCGUGAGUCGCAGAGGCUCAGUCCGCCUACUCUUUUGGGCUUCAACGCCAUAGUCCGCUCCGACAUCGUCCUCCACGACGGUGUCGUUCUCCCCAACGGCUGCCACAUCCAAAUGGCCACCUACGCCAUCGGCAUGGACCCGGAGAAGAACGGCCCCGACCCCGAGAAGUUUGAUGGUUUGCGCCAGUACAACAAGCGGAAGCUCCCAGGCCAGGAGAAGAUCCACCGGUUUACUACUACUGCUGACAACAACCUCCAUUUCGGUCACGGCAAGAUUGUGUGCCCGGGGAGGUUUUUUGCUGAUCACUCGAUGAAGAUGAUUGCGGCGAACAUUCUGUUGAGAUAUGACUUGCAGUUCCCCGGGGGGAAGAAGGAGAGGCCGGGGAAUACGAGUAUGUAUGAUGUGUUGAUUCCGGACUUGGGGACGUGUGUUGAGUUUAGGUUGAGGGAGGAUGCGGGGAGGUGGAAUUGGUAG